AUGUGGUGUGUAGGAGAGGGGAUCGUGAUUCCCGUGAAGAUUGUGCGUGAUGCGGAAGUGAGCGCACUGCAGGAGGCUAUUGCUGGCAUCAUGAGCAGCAUUCCUUCAAGACUCGUGACGCUGUACUUGGCGAAGAAGGGUGGCGCGUGGCUCAAGGAUCAUAAAAGACCGACGCCUAAAGACAUAGAGACUCACAUCUUGGUAAAAUUCAACAACAAGCUGGAUCUUUCUGGCAGUAACUCAGAUACAAGUGUGUUAGCACGGAAGCUUCAGUCGGAUAAAUUUGGAUGCUAUGGCACAAAAAUUUGCCGUUUUGUACGACCUUGA